AAGAAAAAACAGAAACUCAGUGAUACUGUUCCAGACGAUACAGCAGAUUAGAGAGAGAGGAUUCUGGUUAAUGGCGUCAGUGAGGUUAGUAACCCUAAAAGCUCUACAUGGAUCAACAUCGUCGCUCUUCAACCUCACACAAUCCCUCCGCCCUCUUACUCAAUUCUCUACAAUCCGAGCUUUCUCUGCCACAAUGUCGCCGCCUUCCACGGCGGUGGUCUACGAGAACCAAGGACCUCCUGACGCCGUCGUUAGAGUAAUUGAGGUUCCACCCGUAGAAAUCAAAGAAAAAGAUGUGUGUGUCAAAAUGCUCGCUGCUCCGAUCAAUCCCUCUGAUAUUAAUAGAAUCGAAGGCGUGUACCCUGUGAGGCCGCAAGUGCCAGCAGUUGGAGGAUAUGAAGGGGUUGGAGAAGUACACUCUCUGGGCUCUGCAGUUACAGGCCUUGCACCUGGUGAUUGGGUCAUUCCAUCUCCGCCUUCAUUUGGGACGUGGCAGACAUAUAUCGUGAAAGAGCAGAGUGUCUGGCACAAGAUUGAUAAAAGUACGCCAAUGGAAUAUGCUGCCACAGCUACUGUUAAUCCUCUGAGUGCUCUAAGAAUGCUUGAGGACUUUGGCAAUCUAAAAGCAGGAGAUUCUAUUGUGCAAAAUGGGGCUACAAGCAUUGUGGGGCAGUGCAUCAUUCAGCUUGCUCAUACUCGAGGCAUCCAUAGCAUUAACAUUAUUAGGGACAGAGCUGGAUCAGAAGAAGUAAAGGAGAAGCUUAAGAAACUUGGUGCAGAUGAAGUAUAUACAGAGAGCCAACUUGAAGUAAAGAAUGUGAAAAGUCUCCUGACUAGUGUACCUGAACCUGCAGUGGGAUAUAACUGUGUCGGUGGCAAUUCUGCUUCUUUGGUUCUCAAAUUCUUGAGGCAGGGAGGAACUAUGGUUACAUAUGGUGGAAUGUCUAAGAAACCUGUAACUGUACCCACUUCAGCGUUCAUAUUUAAGGACCUUUCUUUGAGGGGAUUCUGGUUGCAGAAAUGGAUGAGUUCAGAUAAAGCAAUGGAGUGCAGAAAUAUGAUAGAUUACAUUUUGGGUGUUGCGCGCGAAGGGAAAUUAACAUAUGAGAUGGAGCUGGUUCCUUUUAAUGAUUUUCACACUGCUCUGGACAAGUCGCUUGGAAAGCUAGGAAGCCAACCUAAACAAGUCAUCAAAUUUUGACUGUAAAAUGGGACUUAGGAGUUGUUUUCUUUUUGCAUCAUGUAUCUUCCUUGUGGUUUCACUGGUAGGAUACAGAAUUCAGUAAAUGGAUCACUUUAAAUUUGAUUGGACAACCAUUCCUUUAAACACCCCUUGUGUAUUAUAUGUUUGACCAUGAACAAUGUCUUCCAGAGACAAUAUUCUUUUCACGAA